CCCACUAAGUUAUGAUCAUAGAGUAGGUGGGGUGUAUAUUAUUUGGCCUACUUAAUAUUCUCCUCUAUCCUAUUCUUUUGCACAGGUCGAUGCUUGAAGUGGCUUGGCCUAGAACCAAUCACAUUAUACAUGGCCAAAUUCUGAGGAACCUAUAAGAUAACAACAAUUCCUGAAGUGGGUAGCUUGUUGAGGCUUUUGAGCAUCAUGUCAAUACCAGAAAUAGUGUAUUGUAUAUUGGCUUUGGCUUUUUGUGCAUUCUUUGUAUUGCUGAAGUGGAAUGAGGUAAGGUACAGUAGGAAAGGAAUGCCACCAGGAACUAUGGGUUGGCCUAUUUUUGGUGAGACUGCAGGGUUUCUCAAACAAGGACCAGAUUUCAUGAAAUGCAAGAGAGCAAGGUACGGAAAUCUCCUCAAGUCUCAUGCAUUAGGCUCUCCUAUUGUCAUAAGCAUGGAUCCAGAGCUCAACAGAUACAUCCUCAAGAAUGAAGCAAAAGGUCUAGUUCCUGGCUACCCUGUGUCCAUGAGGAAUAUACUAGGGAAAAGCAACAUUGCUGAAGUUCAUGGGGCUCUUCAUAAACGUAUUAGAGGGUCAAUAUUAUCAUUCAUUGGUCCAGCUGCAAUUAGAGGCCAUCUUUUGCCAGAAGUUGACAAGUUCAUGACGUCUUUCCUUGACAAUUGGGAUGACAAAACCAUUGAUAUACAGCAAAAGACCAAACAGAUGGCAUUUUUUGUGUCAAUGAAAUUGAUUGUAGAAAAUGAACCGAGCCCUUUCAAUGAGGCCUUUAAAGCUACGUUUGACAACAUAGUGUCAGGAACAUUUUCCUUGCCUAUUAACAUUCCUGGCACGAAUUACUUCCGAGGACUUCAGACAAGGAAAAAAGUAGUUGCAACAUUGAAAGAGGUUAUAGCCAAGAGAAGAUCUUCUUUGUCUACUCAUGCUGAUAUCCUUGAUCAGCUUAUGAGAAAUGAAGAUUCGAGAUACAAACUUAAUGAUGAAGAAAUAAUUGAUCAAAUAAUCACAUUCUUAUAUUCUGGUUAUGAAACUGUUUCAACUACUACAAUGAUGGCUGUCAAAUAUCUACAUGAUAAUCCUAGAGUUCUUGAAGAAGUAAGGAAAGAGCAUUUUGCAAUCCAACAAAGUAAAAGACCAGAAGAUGUAAUAAGCUGGGAUGAUUAUAAGCUUAUGGUUUAUACACGUGGGGUGAUUUUUGAAACCUUGAGAUUGGCUAACAUUGUUAAUGGGGUAUUAAGGAAGGCCACCACAGAUGUUGAACUGAAUGGAUUUACCAUUCCUCAGGGAUGGAGAGUUUAUGUUUACACAAGAGAGACCAAUUGUGAUCCCUUCCUCUAUCGAGACCCUUGCAAAUUCAACCCUUCGAGAUGGCUGGAGAAAGGCUUAGAAUAUCAUAACCAUAACAUGUUAUUUGGAGCAGGAGUUAGAAUGUGUCCCGGAAAGGAACUGGGCAUACUUAUAAUCUCUCUUUUCCUUCACUAUUUUGUUACUACAUACAGGUGGGAAGUAGAGAGAAACAAACUCCUCAAGUUUCCCAGAGUUGAAGCACCAAAUGGAUUAUACAUAAAGGUGUCAAAAUACUAAAAAAACAAUACUUUGUUUAUAUAGAAACAUAUUCUGUUAGAUGCAAUAAACAAAUUGAUGCAUCAAUAAUCUUAUUUAACGUA